AUGACCUAUUACCGCGCGCGCGGACACCCCCUCGAUUCCCUCGUCGACCUCUCGCACCUCUCCUCCCUGCCCUCGCCCGCACACCCCUCCGCGCCCACCCGCAACGCACAUGCGCUCGCGCAGCGGUCCCGCGUGGACAUAGGCGGGUCAGUGGAGGGUAGCACAGCAGCACCAGCAGCAACCGCUGCCACUGCUCCACCUGCCCCCACUCACCACGCCUUCUCCCGCACUUCCUCCUCCUCUAAUCCCACAGCCCUCCACCCAUCAUCCACCCCAUCCCCCCUCUCCCCCCGCACUCACUUCGUCCCGCUCUCCUCCCCUUCUUGCCCGCACCCUGCCCUGCCCCUCUCCCCCUCCCCCACAUACGACCUCCCUAUUGCGCAUUACAGCUCCUCUCCCUCCGCCAGUGCUUCCCCCUUUCCCCCUGCGCGCAGCCCCUUCUCCCCCCCGUCCGCAGAGCUCCUGGCAGGCGCAGCAGCGAGAGGGGCGGGCAGGGCGGGCAGGGAGGGGGGCAUGGCGCGGGGAGGGGCGGAGCAGCUGUGGCGGGAGCGGGUCCUGGCAGCAGCAGGGGCGGCAGGGGGGGCUGCGCCCUCCGCUGCCCCCCCACCAGCAGCACUGGCGGUGGGGGGGGCAGGUGGGGCGGGGGAGUUGGUGGUGGGAGGACAGAGAGUGGACGCGGGGGGGCUGCUGGGGGGAGUGAUGGCGCAGAGGCGCGCAGUGGGAGGAGGGGGGAGAGGGGGGGCAGGGGGUGUAGGUGGAAUUGGGGCAUGGUAUGGGGUGGGCGGGGCAGGGGGGCUGGGGGGCGAACAGUAUGGGGAUGGGUACGGGGAGGCGCAUAAGAGGAGGCGGAGGGGGGUGGUGGGGUUGGCGGUGGGAGCAGCGGAGCAGGUGUGGCGGUGGUGGCUCGAGGCAGAGUGGGUGAGGGACUGGGCGAGGGACGGCAGAGAAGGCAGGGAGCAGAGAGACGGCAGGGAAGAGAGGGAUGGGAGAGAGGGGAGAGAGGGGAGAGAGGGCAGGGAGGGGAGGGAGGGGAGGGGUGCACGGAGAAGGCAGGUGGCGAUGGUGGGGUUGGGUGCGGUGGGCGGCUGUGUGCUUCUGGGGCUGCUGCUGCUGCUGCUGCUGCUUGCUAGCCCGUCCCUGCCCUCCACUCGCAAGGUGGGCCACCUGCGUGUGCUGCUGCCCACUCGUGCCUUGCUGCUGCCCCUGCUUGCACCACACUGCUGCCAUCCCUCCCAUGCUGCCGCCACACUCUCGCAGUCGCAGGCGGCAGGAGAACCCUCGCCCCGGGCGGCAUCAGGAGCAGCAGCGGCCGAAGGUGACCCCUCGCCCCGGGCGGUGUCAGGCAGCACAGCAGCAGCGGUGCACUCUGACCUGCUGCUGCACUCGCAGGAGGACUUGGCGCGCCUGGAGGGCGCGGAGGAGGGGCAGUCGUGCUGGGCGCUGCACGAGCGCCCGCUGCUCCUCCCGCCCUCGCCCCACUCGCCCUCCCCCGCGCUGCUCUCCGCUCUCCGCGCCUACGAGCGCAUGCACGAGGAGUGUGUGGCGGGCGUGCAGAGCUGGGAGGCACACGCAGAGAAACUGGAGGCGCCACGAAGCACAUGCAGCUACCUGGUGUGGUACGAGCCACAGACGCGCCCCAGUGUGGCGCAGCGCCUGCUGUCGCUGCUGUCCGCCUUCCUCUAUGCGCUGCUCACCCACCGCGCCCUGCUAGUUGACACUCACGGCGACCUGCCCAGUCUGCUGUGCAACCCCUUCCCGCGCUCCUCCUGGUGGCUGCCCGCGGGCCUGCCAGAGCAUUUCCGCCUGCACCCGCCGCACCAGGGCGAGUGGGUCAACGGAAGCACCAGCAACAGCUUCUUCGCUCCACUCAACCGCAGGGACGUGGCGACCAUCUACUUUGAGGCACAGGGCUACCCAUGGGACGAGCAGUUCUUCUGCUCCUCCAUGCAGACCCAGCUGGCCCGCAACGCCACGUGGCUCGCCAUGCUCUCCGACCAGCACCUGCUGCCCUCGCUCUUCCUGCUGCCCGCCUUCCACCGCCCGCUGCACCGCCUCUUCCCCUCCCGCGUGCUGCUGCACCCGCUCGCGCGCUACCUGCUGCUGCCCGCCAACGCCGUGUGGGAGCGCGCGCUCAGGGCGCACCAGGGGCACCUCGCGCACGCGUGGCGGUCCGUGGGCGUGCAGCUUGCAAGUGGGGGGAGCGUGGCAGCGAGGGAGGCGAUAAGAGAGCAAGCCCUGGAGUGUGGCAUGUCACACGGCGUGCUACCGCUGCCCCUGGCGCCCUCGCAGCUGGCCGCUUUCCUCAACCACUCCUCCCGCGCUCGCCACCUCUCCCUCUCCUCCCGCUCCCUGCUGGAUGGGGCCGGAGAGGAGGGGAAGGAGGGCGGCGAAGGGGGAGGGCAGGGGGAUGGGCAGGGGGAAGCCAAGGGGGAGGGGAAGGGGGAAGGGGCGAGUGGAAGGGUGGGCAGGAGCGGGGGGAGCAGUCCUCAGCGGCGACGGUUUGGGCUAUUCUCUCGCCCGCGACGGGGCGAGGAGGCAAGGGCGGCAUCACACAAGAAAGAGGGGAAGGGGGGAGCUGGCGUGGGUGCAGGCGGGCAGACAAGAGUACAGAGCGGGGAAGCAAGCUCGAUCUCUCAUGAUGCUGCUGGCGCUGGUGGUGACAGUGAGGGCGAAACCAGGAGCAGCAGCAGCGGCGGGGUGGUGAGGGGGAGGGCGAGGGCGCGGGUGGUGGCAGUGUUUGUGGCGGCGGACAGCUUCGCGGCGUUCAAGUUCUUCAAACGCGCCUACGCGCAGUGGCCCACUGAGGACCACAGUGUGGUGGCGGUGCAUGCUGAGGUGGAGGAUGACUCGGAGGAGCGCCUGCUGUCGGCCAAUCAGAUGGAGAUGCUGCGAAUCUGGCUGCUCAGCACGUGCCAGGUCAUCAUUGCCAGCCCGGCAUCAGCAGAGGGCUAUCUAGCCAGCGGCCUUGCCGGCCGCCCUCCCUUCCUGCUCUCACCCCCUCUUCCCACCACCGCCACCACCGAGAGUCACAACGGCGACCCAGCAGCAGCAGCAGUAGUGGCAGCCGCAGCAGCAACAGGAGGGGUGGGGCAGGGCGGGUGCACGCGCAGUUGGUCAACAGAGGGGUGUCACCUGGGGGCGCCACUGUCCCUCAUAUGCUCAUCAUACCCGCGUGGGGACGGGUCGGCCGGGGUGAGGGAGCGAGGGCACCGCUCCACCGACCCGGCACGCUGGCUGCCCUUCCUGCGCCGCUGCCCCGACCACCCCCAGGGACUCACCCUACUGCCCAAGCUCACUCACCCUGACCCAUGA